AUGAACGGUGGUGAUGUCUCCGUAGCCGAAUCCGACGAUCCAAAAGCUCCGUUAUUACCAGUCAUCCGUUACAACGAACCAUUCGAACGACAAUCGGUGGGACAACAUCUCCGGACAAUAUUCACGCCCAAAAACUGUUACAUCGCUCUCGGUCCUCUUCUCUGCGCCGUCGUCUGUCUAUGCGUACGACUCGGCGAAGAUGACACCACGACCACGGCGAGGAACAUGCUCGCCGUUCUUGUAUGGGUGUUCGCUUGGUGGUUGACGGAGGCUGUUCCGAUGCCGAUCACCUCCAUGUCGCCGCUUUUUCUCUUCCCUCUCUUCGGUAUCGCGGAGGCCGAUGACGUGGCGAGUUCUUACAUGGAUGACGUCAUUGCCCUUGUCCUCGGAAGCUUUAUCCUCGCUCUCGCCGUCGAGCACUACAAUAUCCAUCGCCGACUCGCCCUUAACGUAACGAUGGUGUUUUGCGUGGAGCCACUAAACGCACCGCUGCUUCUUCUUGGCAUAUGCGCAACAACGGCGUUCGUGAGCAUGUGGAUGCAUAACGUAGCGGCUGCAGUCAUGAUGAUGCCAGUCGCUACAGGGAUACUUCAAAGACUCCCCUCGUCUUCGUCGUCGGAAGUAGUGCCUCCGGUGAUCGGGAAAUUCAGCAGAGCGGUGAUUCUCGGUGUGAUAUACUCGGCGGCGGUUGGUGGAAUGAGUACACUUACAGGAACAGGUGUGAAUCUAAUACUUGUCGGAAUGUGGAAGAGUUACUUCCCUGAGGCUGAACCAAUCAGUUUUAGCCAAUGGUUCUUCUUCGGUUUCCCAAUGGCUUUGUGCUUAUUCGUGGUGCUUUGGGGUAUUCUAUGUGUAUUGUAUUGUCCUAAAGGAACAGGACAAGCUCUCUCUCCUUAUUUAGACAAGUCUCAUCUAAGGAGAGAGCUUGAAAGGUUAGGACCAAUGAGUUUCGCUGAGAAGAUGGUCUUAACUGUUUUUGGUGGGUUGGUUGUGUUGUGGAUGACAAGAAACAUAACCGAUGAUAUCCCCGGUUGGGGUCGGAUCUUCGAUGGCCAAGCCGGGGAUGGUACGGUUAGUGUGAUGAUGGCUACAUUGUUGUUUAUAAUACCUAACAAGAUUAAGAAAGGAGAGAAGCUAAUGGAUUGGGGAAAAUGCAAGAAACUCCCAUGGAACAUAGUGUUGUUGUUAGGAGCUGGUUUCGCUAUAGCCGAUGGUGUACGGACCAGUGGCUUAGCUGAAGUCUUGUCUAAAGGACUAGUCUUUCUCGAAACAGCUCCUUAUUGGGCCAUUGCUCCAACCGUUUGCCUCAUUGCUGCUACCAUCACAGAGUUUACCUCAAACAAUGCAACCACUACAUUGUUGGUUCCGUUACUCAUUGAGAUCGCCAAGACCAUGAGAAUCCACCCUUUGCUCUUGAUGGUUCCAGGUGCUAUUGGGGCUCAGUUCGCUUUCUUGCUACCUACGGGAACACCCUCCAACGUUGUUGGGUUUACCACGGGGCAUAUUGAGAUCAAAGACAUGAUCAAGACAGGUUUGCCUCUCAAGAUCGCCGGAACCAUCUUUCUCUCCGUCUUGAUGCCCACUCUUGGAGCUUACAUUUUUGCAUCAAAGGGAGGAGUUUAG